AUGGUUCGCUCUCCCGUUUCCGAUAAGUUCUGCAUACCGGACACGCUAGCCAGCUGGCCUUACCCUCGUAUACUCAACCCCCACUAUGCCGAGGAGAAAGCGGCGUCCGCUGCCUGGACGAAGGGCUUUGGCGCUUUUGGCCCGAAAGCGCAGGAUGCGUUCGAUCGUUGCGACUUUAAGAGAUGCCGCAGCGGCUGCGAUCUGAUGAACCUGUUCUUUGUGAUCGACGAGCAUUCAGACACACAUGGCGAGGAGACAGUACGCAAGAUGAAGGACGUAGUCAUGGACGCCAUCAGAAAUCCCCACAAGCCCCGUCCAAAUGACGAGUGGAUUGGAGGCGAAAUUGCACGACAAUUCUGGGAACGUGCAAUGUGUUAUGCUAGUGAGAUCUCCCAGCGACGCUUCAUCGACACCUUCGAUGAAUACUUGGAAUCCGUCGUAGACCAGGCCGCAGACAGGGACAGUGCAAGGAUCCGUGAUAUCGAGAGCUACAUUAACAUUCGUCGCAACACUAUCGGAGCGAAGCCCUCGUUCGUCAUCAUGGAGCAAGGCAUGGACAUCCCGGACAACGUCUUCGAGAACGAGGUGUUUCAGAGACUUCGCAUGGCCACGAUAGACAUGCUUUGCCUUGGAAAUGACAUCGUAUCAUACAACAUUGAACAAGCUCGAGGUGAUGACUCCCAUAACAUCGUGAGAAUUGUCAUGAACGAGCUCGAUACCGAUGUCCCUCGCGCUAUGGAUUGGGUAGCUCAGAGACAUACGCAACUCGAGCGCGAGUUCUUCACCGCGCUGAGCGAGCUGCCCACUUGGGGAGAGCCGAUCGAUGGAUGGGUGAAGGAGUAUGUCUAUGGUCUGGGGAACUGGGUGCGCGCUAACGACCAGUGGAGUUUCGAGAGCCAAAGGUAUUUUGGAACCAAGGGCAUGGAGAUCAUGAAGUCAAGGUGGCUUUCGGUUUUGCCCAAGGUCCGCCCUGCUGAGGUCGGUCCACAACUUGUUGACCAAUCUCUCUUAUGA